AUGCCUUCCGACCAGAAGAAACUUCGCGAUGCGAAGAAGAAGGCGAUGGCCAAGACGAAGCACCAAACCAAUGGCUUUUCCACGCCGAAGACCAACGGUGGCACCAACGGCCUGAACAAGACCGACGAGGAGGAGCUGGUGGCGAAGCUGGAGCGCGACAUGCAGCUGAACGCCGAGGCUCGCUCCUGCACCGGUGUGCUGGGCAUUCACCCCCGCUCGAGGGACAUCAAGAUCGAGGGCUUCUCCAUCACCUUCCACGGCGCGGAGAUUCUCACCGACACCAAGCUGGAGCUCAACUGCGGUCGUCGCUACGGGCUGAUCGGUCCGAACGGUAGCGGAAAGUCUACGCUGCUCUCCGCACUCGGCCGUCGAGAGGUUCCGGUUCAGGACCACAUCGACAUCUACCACCUGACCCGAGAGUGUCCGCCCUCGGAGAAGACCGCCCUGGAGGCGGUGCUGGACGUCGAUCAGGAGCGCGUCCGCCUGGAGGCGCAGGCGGAGGAGCUGGCGCAGUACCAGGACGACGCCAGUCAGGAGCAGCUGAUGGACAUCUACGAGCGCCUGGACGAGCUGGAGGCGGACAAGGCGACGGCCAAGGCCAGCUUCAUCCUCAAGGGCCUCGGCUUCACCAAGGCCAUGCAGGCGAAGAAGUGCAUGGACUUUAGCGGUGGCUGGCGGAUGCGCAUCGCCCUUGCUCGGGCGCUUUUCGUUAAGCCCCAUCUGCUGCUGCUCGAUGAGCCCACUAAUCACCUCGACCUCGACUCGACGGUGUGGCUAGAGGAGGAGCUGAAGAACUACAAGCGCAUCCUGGUGAUCAUCAGCCACUCGCAGGACUUCAUGAACGGCGUCUGCACGAACAUCAUCAACCUGGACAAGAAGAAGCUGAAUCUGUACACGGGCAACUACGACGCCUUCAUCAAGACGCGGGACGAGCUGCAGGAGAACCAGAUGAAGCGCUACAACUGGGAACAGGCGCAGAUUGCCCACAUGAAGGAUUACAUUGCCCGCUUCGGUCACGGCUCUGCGAAGCUCGCCAGACAGGCGCAGAGCAAGGAGAAGACGCUGGGCAAGAUGGUGGCCGCCGGCCUGACGGAGAAGGUCGCCGCGGAGAAGAACGUCUCCUUCUACUUUCCCUCCUGCGGCUCCAUUCCGCCGCCGGUGAUCAUGGUGCAGGACGUCAGCUUCCGCUACAACGACAAGACCCCCUACAUCUACAAGAACCUCGAGUUUGGCAUUGACCUCGACACGCGGCUGGCCCUCGUCGGGCCAAACGGCGCCGGCAAGUCGACGCUGCUGAAGCUGAUCUGCAACGAGCUGAUCCCCACGGACGGCCUGGUUCGGGUGCACUCGCACCUGAAGAUUGCCCGCUACCACCAGCACCUGCACGAGCAGCUGGAGCUGGACAUCAGCGCGCUGGAGUACAUGCUCAAGUGCUUCCCCGACGUGAAGGAGAAGGAGGAGAUGCGGAAGAUCAUCGGCCGGUACGGGCUGACCGGUCGCCAGCAGGUCUGUCCCAUUCGACAGCUCAGUGACGGGCAGCGCUGUCGGGUAGUCUUUGCCUGGCUCGCCUGGCAGGUGCCCCACCUCCUGCUGCUUGAUGAGCCCACCAAUCAUCUUGACAUGGAGACGAUUGACGCUCUGGCCGAUGCGAUCAACGACUUUGAGGGUGGGCUGGUCCUGGUCAGUCACGACUUUAGGCUGAUUAGUCAGGUCGCCCAGGAGAUUUGGGUCUGCGAGAAUGGCACCGUCACCAAGUGGGAGGGCAGCAUUCUCACCUACAAGGAGCACCUUCGUGAAAAGGUUCUCAAGGAAAACCGAAAAGCGCUGAAGGACCUUUGA